AUGGAUGCAUUAAAGGGUAUCCGAAGACCAAGGACAGAGGAACUGACCAGCAGUCAGUUAGCAGAGAUGGAGGAGGACUUGCAGCAGCAACUGUCCCGCACAGAAGAAAGGGUCAGGGAAGAGCUAUGCCUUAUGCUUUUUGAUGUGAACAGGACAGAGGAACUGACCAGCAGUCAGUUAGCAGAGAUGGAGGAGGACUUGCAGCAGCAACUGUCCCGCACAGAAGAAAGGGUCAGGGAAGAGGAGCAAAAGAAAUUGGACGAAUCCAUUGCUAUGCUCCAAAUCAAGCAUGAUAAUGAACUGGCAGACCUGCAAACAACGAUAGAAAGGCUCACAAAGCAAUAUCAAGAGGAGUCUAAAUUAAACAGCCCCAGGGAAGAUGCCAUCAAAUUGAGAGCACAGAUUAGAGAUCUGAUGCAGGAAAAUGAGGAGCUGAGGAGUUCUCUUAUGAAAGCCCAGAUAAACGUCUCCGUUCUCCAGGUUGAGUUGGACAGGUUGCAGAAUGCCUUCACUGACCAGAAACUCCAACAUGAGAGAGAAAGUGAUGACCUUAAGAAGAUGGUGAUGGAGUUCCAGUCUUAUUCCAGCCAAAUAGAAUUCCUCCAGGAAAUGAACAAAACGUUGUAUGACAGCAAUGAUGGGUUACGCUCUGCACUGAGCCAGGAUAUUGGCUCUUCAAAAAAACGGCUCUCACCAAAAAAUGAAGUCCCUCCUAGAAAGAUGAAACCACUUCGACAGAGUACAAUGAAUCAGAGCGGUUUUACUAAAGAUGAGGACACGAUGGCCCUGGUGAAGUGCUGGGCUGAUAAGUAUUUGGAUAGUGGCGUCUCCGUUCAGACAGACGCCGAGCCGAUGUCAGGCAGCGAUUAUGACAGUGACGGCAGCCAAAAUUCAGUGGAGACUGUGCAACAUAGUUACUCUUGUGUUCCAUCUGAGUUGGAGGUGUCAGAGCUGAAGUGUGAAGCUGUGGGAUCUGUAGCUCGUAGCACAGUUGGCUCAAUAUCCUCCUCACUUCGGCGGCGGUUGUCUGCUUUUCCUGUCAAGCAAACUGAAGAAGACUUGUUCCGCAGCAUCGCCAGGUCAUAUUUUCGCAAAGCACAUGGAGUGCUACUGCUCUACGAUGUCACAUCUGAGAGCAGUUUCCUGAAUGUUCGUGAAUGGGUGGAACAGAUUCGGGAGUCAACGGAUGAGGACAUCCCAAUGUGUGUAAUAGGGAACAAGGUAGAUUUGAGGGCAGAGAGGCCAGAGGGAAGCUGUGUGAGCGCGUUUCAUGGUGAAAAGCUUGCUAUGUCUUAUAAUGCCCUGUUCUGCGAAGCAAGUGCUAAAGAGGGGACGAAUGUCAUCGAAGCAGUUUUACAUUUAGCAAGAAAAGUCAAGAAGCAUGCUAAACUGGGGCGAAGAGAGUCACAGGUUAAGCUUAGUCUUCAUAAACGGAAGACGACGCUGAGCAACUGCUGUGGAGUCUAAGUCAUGCAGAGAUCUGGUUUAAUUGUGAUUUUAUGCUUUUUAAAAUAACAAAUCCUGUCCUUUGUUAGAAAAAUGUUAAUGUGUGUUUUUUUUUUGUUUGUUUGUUUGUUUGUUUUUUAAUGCAGUUAGCACUUUUAAGCGGUUUUUAGACAUGGAUGCUUCCUUGGUGUCUUUAGGCACACUGAUCAAAUGUAUACUUGUAUAUUUGCCAAUUAAUUAUCAAAUUCAUUUCAGGGUUCAGUGUUUAUUUGAAUAACUUUUUAUUUAUGUUAGAAUUGAAUUACUGUUGCAUUGAAGGAUAUGUAUGUAAAUGUUUCUAACGUGUUA